AUGAUGGCCCUAAGCGUAGGCCCCAGAACGGUACUGCGACCCUUUGCAGCAACUGGCCGAAGCCUGUUGCAAGGCUUCGCGCCGAGGCAAGCAAGGAGCCUGCACCUCCCACUGCCACCUCUGGCAUCGUCCCACCUCAGCAGUCGACCACGGUCAAGGACACCACCCACGACGUCCCCGACACGGCAAUGUGCUGCGCUGCACACCUCCGCUGCCCGACCGGCUAAGCGGUCCCGAGCCCACAACGACGAGGAGAUCCCCGAUGCGCCGCCGACGACCGACUUCUCGCGCAUGGACAUGCUAGGCCAGACACCGGCACCCUCGACCUCGGUCGACAUCUGCUCGUCUGACGGGUUCAAGCUCAACAGCGGGGUCUCGAUCUACGACGGCAACGGGGUGAUGCUCGUGGGCGGCGAGGCCUUCGCGUGGCAGCCCUGGGGUCCGGACAUGAGACUCGUCAAUGCCAAGGGACAAUGGGAGGUCCGCGAGGAGGCGUUCGCGGUGCUGGACCUGCUCUGGCCUCGGCCUGAUCUGAUCAUACUGGGUCUAGGCCCAGAGAUGCGGCCCCUGAGCCCGGCGACGAGGAAGUACCUUGGCAGCCUGGGACUGCGCGUCGAGGUUCUCGACACCAGGAACGCGGCAUCUCAGUUCAAUAUGCUGGCCACGGAGAGGGGAGUUGACGAAGUUGCCGCGGCGCUGAUACCCAUUGGAUGGAGGGAGGGCAUCGGGGCCAACUACGACUAG